AUGAAUUACACACAACCCCUUUGCCAGUGCUCUGAGAACUUCAAUUGGGAGUGCAGUGGAGAUUCAGCGCUAGACGACGGACACACCAUUGAGUUAACCCGAAGAUAUGAUAAAAAGGUGUACACUCAGGUAAAGCUAUGCGAACCCCUGAUGAGCGUCCGGGUGUGCAAAGCGCCCACCGAUUGGACUCUAUUGGCCCUACAGAGCGAACGCAGUGGUAAAGCUCACUAUGUUAUGGUGUGUCGGUGUCCCGAUUCGGCUCAGUUCGAAGGCCCCUAUACUCACAAUCACCCGCCCUAUGCCAGAGUGGCCGGAAUCAGAGUUUACGGAAUGCUCUGCAAUCAAGCCGUCAAAAAGGCACGACUGUUCAGCUCAACAAAAAUCGUGACCAAAGAAGACACAGAUUUACCCGCAUUUCCAUGGGAUUUGGCUUAUGCUGUACUCAAUUCAACUAAUGUUGAUGGCUUGUGGUAA